UUGAUCAAAUGCAUGAAGAGCAAAUUCACCGACGAACCCAACUAAGGCUUCUCUCUCAUAACGCAUACGCACACUCCGUGCCAGCUCUUAAUUGGCCACCCAUACCCACCAAAUCCAGCUAGUCUAGCCAGCGACAGUUACCCCUUUUCCUCUCUUUCCGCUCCCUCUCUCUCUCUCUCUCUCUCUCUCUCUCUAUCUGUCUUUGAGUGAGUUGUGGGAUCAUCAUCUUUCUCUUUCUUGGUAGCCGAAAAAGAAAGAAAUGGCAGAAGUUCAGGAGCCCAAGAAGGUUGAAUCUGAGACCCCGUCGGAGCCUCCACCUCCUCCGGCUCCGGCCCCUGCUCCAGAACCCACCGAAGCUCCGACAGACGUAGCUGAGGAGAAAUCCGUCAUUCCACCACCUCCCCCUCCUCCAGAAGAAAAACCCGAUGACUCCAAAUCCCUCGCCGUCGUCGGACAUAUUCCAGAUUCUGUGGAUGAGAAACCUGUAGAAGAGAAACCUGCUGAGGGUUCUAUCAACAGAGAUGCUGUUCUGGCCCGAGUUGCCACAGAGAAGAGGAUAUCUCUAAUCAGAGCAUGGGAAGAAAGUGAGAAGUCAAAAGCAGAAAACAAAGCACAGAAAAAGCUAUCUGAAAUUGGAGCAUGGGAGAACACCAAGAAAGCUAAUGUAGACGCUGAGUUGAAAAGGAUGGUGGAGAAACUGGAGAAACAAAAGGCUACGUACGUGGAGACCAUGAAAAACAAGGUAGCAAUCAUCCACAAGGAAGCAGAAGAAAAGAGGGCAAUCAUCGAAGCCAGACGUGGCGAAGAUCUUCUCAAGGCGGAGGAGAUAGCGGCCAAGUAUCGUGCCACUGGAACUGCUCCCAAGAAACUGCUUGGGUGCUUUUGAAGAUGACAGAAUCUAGUCCGGUUCGAACUCAUGGAUUCCUGUUUGUAAAGUAGCUUCUUUGUGAUUUAUUUGUCAACUUAUUCGAUUGAGUGUGGUGUAGUGUGUUUAUUUGCCGGAUAAUUUGUUACUGUUCAUUUUUCUGGUGUGCAUAGGGAUGGAUUUGUGUUUAUACCAUGUGGACAAAAUAGCUUAUUGAAUUUGUAAUAAAUAGGUUUGGUGUGUA